AUGAGCUCCGUGAAUGGGACUAAGCCCGCAGUGGUCUGCGUAUUCUGCGGCUCCGUCUCCGGCACCAACCCACGCCACAUGGAAGCGGCACGCCAACUCGCGCACGAAUUCCACAAGAACAACAUCCACCUGGUGUACGGCGGCGGCACAGCAGGUCUAAUGGGCACGAUAGCCCGCGAGCUGGUCAAACUCUCCGGCCCGCAAGCCGUGCACGGCGUGAUCCCGCGCGCAUUAGUAAAGGUAGAACCGGGGUACGACAAUGCAACGGAGCAUCCCGCAGACACAGAUCCAAAUGCAGGAGUCCAGCAAGCGCGGUCCGGCAAGGACGCGGAAAGAAUCAUCCCAGCCGCUAGUACUACUACUACUACUACCACUACCAAUGGCACUACUGCGAAGACAAAGGAGUCUAUGUUCAAGGAAUCCGAGUACGGGACGACCACGAUCGUGGCGGAUAUGCAUGCGCGAAAGCGGCUUAUGGCGACGAAGGUGCAGGAGGGAGGGCCUGGGAGUGGGUUUGUGGCGUUGGCGGGGGGGUUCGGGACGAUUGAGGAGGUGAUGGAGAUGACGACGUGGAAUCAGUUGGGGAUUCAUGGGGCUGGGGUGGUGGUGGUAAAUGUGGAUGGGUAUUGGGAUGGGGUAUUGGCGUGGGUGAGGAAGGCCGUGCAGGAGGGGUAUAUUGGGGAGGAGAAUGGGAGGAUUCUCGUCGAGGUGAAUGAUGUUAAGGAUGUUUGGCCAAGGUUGAAGGGGUAUAGGGUUAGUAAUGGGAGGAUGAGGUUGAAUUGGGGGGAGGAAUAG